AUGGCUGCCGAGAGCAACUGCCUGGCCGUCGCGGAGGUGCUCAUCGACGCGGGCAGGGCCGACAUGGAGGCGGUCAACGUGGACGGCUUCACGCCGCCGCAGCUCGCCGUGGUCGUGGACGCCGUCCCCUUUGCCAGGCUGCUGAUCGAGCGCGGGGCGAACACGGACGUCAAGUUCCUGAGACGGUGCAACCUGGCAUCCCUGGCCGUCACCUUCUCCAGCUUGGGCUGCAUCAAGUUCCUCGUCGAAGCCGCGAGGGUCGAGCCUAGGGUGCAGAGGCUGCUGGUCAGGCCUUUGCUGUUACUGUUCGCCAUUGAAAGGGGCGAGACGGCCAUUGCCAACUAUCUGCUGCUGGCUGGGGCCGCGACCUACGAGUCUGUCCUCGAGAGGAUGCCGCAGCUGCCUCACCGGCGACAGCAAGUCCUCGUGGCCUUUCUGCUCCGCUACUUCGACGCCACGUGCAUUGGACCGGCGGGGCCUGGCGAUGCGCUACAUGUACGCGGUAGAGUUGCUGGGAUGUAA